AAAAGGGAUGAAUCAUUGUUGUUUUGCCAAAGGGAUGCCUAGCCACUAAACCCCCAACCCCAACAGAAGCAAAACCCUACAGACCACAAUUCCAAGAAUGUCGAAGUGGUGGGGGGCCGCCGGCAGCCUGAGGAAGACGGUGGAGGCAACGAGGAGAUCAUACCACACGAUCCAAGCCAUUCCCAGAGAGUACACUGGCCGCAAAGUCUCCGCCACAGACAGACUCCAAGGCCGAAUCCCCGCCGUCGUGUUAGCCCAAGACAACGGCGGCCACACCACCACCACCACCAGCAGGUCGGCCUCCAGAAAACAACUCGUUACCACCGAGAGGAAGCAGAUUCAGGCCAUCCUCAACUCCGUUCAACUCCCCUUCUUCUGCUCCACCACUUUCCCUCUCCAGAUCCGCGCUGGUUCUGGUUCCUCCACUCUCCUCGAAUCCGGCACUGUUCUCCCCAUCAAGAUUCAUAGGGAUGAGGAGAGUGGGAAGAUUUUGAAUUUGGUGUUUGUUUGGGCUGAUGAGGGAUCGGAGUUGAAGGUUGAUGUGCCUGUUGUUUUCAAAGGAGAAGAUGUUUGCCCUGGUCUCAAGAAAGGAGGUACUUUAAAUAGGAUAAGGACAACUUUAAAAUAUCUAUGCCCAGCUGAACACAUCCCCCCCAAAAUUGAGGUGGACAUAAGCAAUCUAGACAUUGAAGAUAAGGUGUUCAUGCACGAUAUUGAGGUUCACCCAUCGUUGAAGCUUCUCAGUAAAGAUGAGAGUAUUCCCAUAUGCAAAGUUGUGGCAACGACAUUGGAAAACUCUGAACCUGCACUGUAGGCACCGGAGCAGCACGAUGCAAGGAAUUUGCAGUUUUCACUAGCCCAAAUCAAGAAUUUUCAGAUAAUGAAAUUUGCUUAGCUGUUGUAGUGCUUUUGGAUGGCCAGUGAAAAUGAUUAUGACUUUUGUUCACACCAUAAUCAAAUGCAGGUUAGGUUUUUUACCUUUUUUUGUUUUUUUGGACGGCUGGAUCAUUUUUGCUGUUAUAAUAAACAUGUAGGGUGGUGUGAAUUAUUGUGAAAUGUUAUUGAACAAUUUUAAUGAGAUGACUAUUGUUAGCUUG